AGAAGAAGCUCUUUGAGCGCUGUCCGUGUUGUGUUUGUGCUCUUCAUCAUUUAUGUGAUUUAAUGUUUGUUAUCUUUCUAAGUGGGAAUCUGUCCAUGCUGGAUAUUGAUGAUUUCAUCACAGAAAUCUCUCAGCUGAAGAAAGAGGUGGCGUUACUGGAGACAAAGCUGAGGUUAAGAGGAGAUGAAGGACAGAAGAGGGAGAAGUUGCGUCUUCAAACAAGCUGAUUCACCUUUUCAUCUAUGAUGACAUCAAUAUAGGGAGAAGCCCCGCCCACAACUGGUGACGAUCUGCUCUAUUAUCACAGACACAGCCCUGAGUGACAAGCACAGAGUCCAUCAAUUGUGUAUCUUCGGUGUUGCAGCUGGAGUCUUACAAUGUCUGCACCAAUGAGGAAUUACAAAUGCUGGGUUUUGGGAUGUACCAAUGAACAUCAGAGUCUCUAUAGACUCCCACAGUCUGAGUCACUGAGGACAUCGUGGUUAGAUUUCAUUUUUUAUGGAAAUGUCCCAAAGAAAGUACCUAGAAUCUUACACGUUUGCGCCAAUCAUUUUACACCAGACUGCUUCAUAAACAAGGCCCAAGUUAACGCUGGAUUUUCAACAAACUUGAUUCUGGAGAAUGAGUCAAUACCAACGCUUCGUUCGCAAACCGUAAAAUCAGAACAAGAUGUAUCUGGUGUCUCUGUCUGUGGCUUCACUGAUCAAACAUCUACAGAGCUUCUGGUUUCUGUCUGUAAUGGAGAAGAAGAGAAGACAUCAGUAAAUCUGCUGGACUGUGGGAUGGAGCUGAAACAAGAAAUCACAGAAGAAGAAGAACAGACAGAUGAAGGAGAUCUGAUUUAUUCAGACCUGAAUGUGAAGUUGGAAAGUUUUCAAUCAAAUAACAUGGAGGAGAAACCUGAUCAUUUUAUUCCUGGAGAAGAAUCUCUGAGCUGCUUGAAGACUGAGAUUUUGUCAUUUGAAGAUUUUUGUACGUGCUCUCAAUGUGGAAAAAUAUUCAAUAGUCAGUUUGACCUUGAUGCACACAUGCAAAUUCACACUGAAGAAAGACCUUACAGUUGUGACCAGUGUGGAAAGACCUUCACUCAAAAGGCAAACUUAAAUAUGCACAAGAAAGUUCACACUGGAGAAAAGCCUUACAGAUGUGACCAGUGUGAACAGACCUUCCCUUAUAAGUCCCAAUUUAUUGCGCACAAGAGAAUUCACACUGGAGAAAAGCCUUAUAUUUGUGAGGUUUGUGAACUGAACUUUGCUCGUAAGUUCAGCCUUGAUGUGCACCGGAGAACUCACACAGGAGAAAAGCCUUACGGAUGUGACCUGUGUGGACAAAGUUUCAAUUAUAAGUCCUACCUGACUGUGCACAAGAGAAUUCACACUGGAGAAAAGCCUUAUGGUUGUGACAAGUGUGAACGGACUUUCACUUAUAAGUCCCACCUUACUGUGCACAGGAAAAUUCACAAUAGAGAAAAGCCUUAUGGUUGUGACCUGUGUGGACAGACCUUUGGCUUUAAGUCCCACCUUACUGAGCACAGGAUAAUUCACACUGGAGAAAUGCCUUACAGUUGUGACCAGUGUGGAGAGACCUUUAUUCGUAGGUUUAGGCUUGAUGUGCACAAAAGAAUUCACGAUGAAGAAAAGCCUUAGAAAUGUGACCAGUGUAAAAAGAGCUCAAAAGUCCAGCCUUAAGCCUGGAAUACGCUUAGGGGUGUGCCAUAUCAUACUGUCUAUGAUAACAACUAGUAUCAUUUUUUACAUGAUUAAGUGUCAUCUCGUGAUCAAUGAUAUAGCGACGCAAUGACCUAUGGCGCAUUUACGUUCCCGCACAGCAACAACACCUGAGAGCAAGAGCAGCAUGUCAGCCACACCGUCAAGUGAAGGUCAGCGAGGAGGAGAUACUAGCAGCUGGUGAUGUGCAGCACAAAAGUAAACAAAAGACUUAAACGAGCAUCACUGGAGCACUCACUAGAUGCACUCCAUAUGACAGCAUAUGAUGGAUGGAAAUUACUGAUGCAGUUACAUAUUGUUUGGCCAGUGAUGGGUAGAAAAUAUUUUUUUCAUCCUUGCCUGAGAUGUAUGAGGCAUGGCGCAACAAAUUAGCUGCUACGGUAUCGUCAGUGGAUUUUUGGCCUCAACCAUGGAUAAAAGAAAACUGGUGUGAGACGGUCUAGCCUUCGGAGGAUCCAUAAUUAGCGUCACCUGCUGUACGCGCCCGACGCGCCAGUCAGCGGGACACAUUUAAAUACACAUUUCCUGACUUAUUUAAAUAAAUAUGGAACCAGAAAAAUAUUUAUUUUAUGUUAGAAUAUAUAGAAAUAUAUGCAACAUACAAAGAUUAAUAUUAAUACAAAACAUAACUUAUAAUACUAAAGUGACUACAGUGACAAGAAACUUUGUUUAGCUAAAUACACACAUUUAUUUAACACAGAUUUAAAUGUGUCUUUUAAAAUAUUCAGCUGUUACAGGCGUGCAAUGGCAUUGGCUGCAAUCACCAAUAAAACGUUUCAUAUUUAUCUAUAUUCUCUUAAAUAUCAUUACCACAAAUAUUCUUGAAAUAUCAUGAUAUAUUUUUGAGGCUACUUUGCCCACCCCUAGAUACACUGCACGAUUUUUGGCUGUCCCAGGUGAAAAAGUAGGCUAUUACACUUCCAUAACGUACUUAAAGUACUCUAUCUUUG